CGUCAUCUCUCCGCGACACGUCAACACGCAGCUUUGAGCUUGUAACUCGGUGAAUAGUGAGAAUUACAACUUUAUACACCGAUUUAAAAUCAAGUCGAUGCAGCUUUUAAUGAAAGUGUAGUUGAUAUUGUUGAUUUACAACUUUAUUUGUAUUUAUUUAUGAUCCACGCUUCCGGAACAGCAGAUUAUUUGGCUUGUGCCACAUGUGUUGGUGCUGAUAUAAUUCAGUGAACGCCGUUGCUCGUGUUGAAGAGCUGCAGCUGCCGGCGCGUGUCCGGCGCGUGUCCUCGGGAUGGAUGCAGCAGAGCUGGUGGAGUACUUCAGGGCGCAGAUGAGGACGGACCCGGACAUGGCGUCCGCUGUGGCGGCCAUCCGCACCCUGCUGGAGUUCCUCAAGAGAGACACAGGUGAGACCAUCCUGGGCCUGAGGGAGAGCCUGACCUCGGCCACCGACUGCCUGACGGCCGUGGACUCGUCGGUGGCCGUGUCCUCCGGAGGAGAACUCUUCCUGCGCUUCAUCAGCCUCACGUCUCUGGAGCACCAGGAUCUGUCUCUCUGUAAGAAGGUGAUGGAGGAGAGGGGGGAACUAUUUCUAGAGAAGAUUUCCAUGUCCAGGGCCAAGGUCGCUAAACUCUGUCACACCUUCAUCAAAGAUGGCGCUAAAAUCCUCACGCACUCGUACUCCCGGGUCGUCCUCCGCGUGCUGGAGAAGGCCGCCGCCGAGAAGAAGCGCUUCUCCGUCUACGUGACGGAGUCGCAGCCCGACGCCGCCGGGCGGCAGAUGGCCGACGCCCUGAGGACCCUCAACGUGCCGGUGACGGUGGUCCUGGACGCCGCUGUGGGCUACGUCCUGGAGAAAGUGGACCUGGUGAUCGUGGGAGCGGAGGGAGUCGUGGAGAGCGGAGGGAUCAUCAACAAGAUCGGCACCUACCAGACGGCCGUGUGCUCCAAAGCGCACAACAAGCCGUUCUACGUGGUCGCCGAGAGCUUCAAGUUCGUGCGCCUCUAUCCGCUCAACCAGCAGGACGUGCCCGACAGGUUCAAGUACAAAGCAGACACCCUGAAGGCGGCGGCCAGCCUGUCGGAGGAGCACCCGAUGGUCGACUACACGCCGCCGUCGCUCAUCACGCUGCUCUUCACCGACCUCGGCGUCCUCACGCCGUCCGCCGUCAGCGACGAGCUCAUCAAGCUUUAUUUAUAAACGGCAAUAAAAACAAAUACAAACGAAAA